CUUCGUAUUUCUCCAUUUCCCCUUCACUCGAUUUCUCUCUCUCCUCUCUCUCUACCUCCGCUUCUCUCUCCUCCUCGGAUAUAACACACAUUCCUCUGGUGGCGACAAGGCGACUACUUGGAUACCCACUUGGAUGCCUCAGAGAAGCUCACCUGCUUGAUUGGGGCUACCAAAAGGAAUUUGCAUAAGUUGCCUUUUAAGUUCAAGUGGAUUUCAAAUUGUGGUCUUGUAUUGUGGUGGUAAAUGGUCAUUGAGCUCUGGUAUAUAAGGUUACCUAUUAUUUGUAUUACUGGAUAUAAUUGUGGAGUUAUACUGUUUUCUUCAGAUCCUGGUUUUGCAAAGAGGUUAUAAUUACAUGCCAUCAGUUUGGAGGAAGAAUCUUCUCUUGCAUGUUUUUUGUUCAAAGGGAUGAAAAGAAAGCGCAAUUCUCUUCGGUUUAAGUAUUUUACAUGAAGUCUUUUGCACCCAUUAUACUUACAUUGCGUCAUAAUGGAGUGCAACAAGGAAGAAGCUAUCAGAGCGAAGGACCUUGCCGAAAAAAAGAUGCAAGAAAGAGAUUUUAUUGGCGCAAAAAAGGUAGUUCUCAAGGCUCAACGGCUCUACCCAGAACUCGAGAACCUUUCUCAGAUGCUGACUGUUUGCGAAGUGCACUGUUCCGCAGUCAUUAGGCAUAAUGGGGAGAUCGACUGGUAUGGAAUCCUUCAAGUAGAGGCAACAGCUGAUGACUCGUCGAUCAAGAAGCAAUAUCGCAAGCUUGCCCUUCUACUUCAUCCUGAUAAGAACAAGUUUGCAGGCGCAGAAGCUGCUUUCAAACUUAUCGGAGAAGCUCAUAUGACACUUUCUGACAAAGGGAAACGUUCCCUUUAUGAUAUGAAAAGAGGCAUUACUAUUAGAACUGCUCCACCUUGGCAAAGUUCUCAGCAUGCGAAGAGAGCUACUUCUGUUAGAAACAAUGCUAACAACAUGAACUUUAAUGGCUUAAAUCAGCAGCAGCAGCAGCAGCAGCAGCAAAAUUCGGCUUUUGCUGCGGCACAAACAUUUUGGACAAUUUGCCCUCUAUGCGGCAUGAGGUAUCAGUACUAUCGCAGUAUUUUAAACAAGGCUCUGCGUUGCCAAAAUUGCAUGAAGCCUUUUAUUGCAUAUGAUUUAAAUGCACAAGCUGUACCUUCUCAGAAUAGUUCUGGAGUUUCCAGGCAGCACUUUGCAGGUCAGCAAAUUAAUAAUGUUAAAAAUCAGCAGGGACAAUUCGGAAAUUCGACUUCAAGUAGGGGGUUUCAAGGAAACAUGUCAGAUGGUUCAAAAAAUAGGGGAGGAGAUCGGAAAGCUGAUGCCGAAGGUGUGACUGGUGAUGAGGUGAAGUUUGAGAAAGUGAAUCUCACGAAAACAAACAAGAGAGGGAGGGAAACUAAACCUUCAACAGUAAGUUCUUCUAGAGCUUCAAUGAUGAAUAUGAACCAGAGGAGAGGCAGAAAAAUAGAUGUAGAAUCUAGUGAUUCAGAUUCCAGUAGUGAUAGUGUGGACUCGAUUAUUGAUUUAGACAGCCCUUCAGUGCAAAAUGCUAGUCAGUUUCCACGAAGAUCAACUAGGCAGAAGCAAAAUGUCACAUAUAAGGAAAAUAUAAGUGACGAUGACGAUGAUGACGACGAAGAUGAUGAGGGUAAUGAUGAUGAUGACGUCUUUAUGAACCCUCCUGGUAAUAAAAAGUCAAAGAAGAAUUCAGAUACAAAUGGAUUUGAUGUAGGAAUUAGAAGGACCAAUCCUACUAAUGGCAAAGUGGGUGAGAAACAGAAAGAAACUAUCCCUGAGAAAUCAUCGAAUGGGGUAGGGGAAGUGAACGAAGACACUGGCGCCGAAUCAAAAUCUGGCGAGACUACUGAUCCGAAUUCAUUGUCCUACCCCGAUCCAGAAUUCUUUGACUUUGACAAGUAUAGGGAUCGGAGUUUAUUUGAAGUGGACCAGAUUUGGGCACUAUAUGAUGAUCUCGAUGGCAUGCCUAGAUUUUAUGCUCGAAUUAGGCAUAUUUAUGAAAAUCAAGAUUUCAAGCUGCGCUUCACUUGGUUAGAGCACGAUCCCUUAAAUGCAGCUGAAAUGGCAUGGUCUCGUGGGUUGCUGCCUGUUGCUUGUGGGAACUUCAGACUAGGGAAAACAGAAGUAAGUCAAGACCCUCUCAUGUUCUCCCAUAUUAUUUAUUGGGAAAAAGGUAAAAAGAGGAACACAUAUGAUAUUUAUCCAAAAAAGGGGGAAGUCUGGGCUGUUUACAAGGGCUGGGAUAUUGAGUGGAGCUCAGUCCCUGACAACCACAGGACAUAUGAGUAUGAAAUUGUCGAAGUCCUUUCAGAUUUCAUGGUGGGAAGCGGUAUCAAUGUGAUUCCUCUAGUUAAGGUAAAAGGUUUCGUGAGUCUGUUCAUGCAAGCAAAAGAUAAAGCACCAUACUAUAUUCUAUCCAGUGAAAUACUUAGGUUUUCACACAGAGUCCCUUCUCAUAGGAUGAGCGGAGCUGAACGUGAUGGUGUCCCACAAGGUUCUUUUGAACUAGAUCCUGCAUCUCUUCCUAUUAACAUGGAAAAUGUUUUUCCAUCUGUUCCUCUUGAAUGUGGUAUGAGGAAAACUGGGAAAAUGGACGGUGAAUUAAAUGGAAUAUCUCCUGAAGGUUCAACUGAUGAUGCAAGAGUUGGACCUGCUGCGGCUAAUGAGACUGAGAGGGUGAGUAAGAAGGAAUGUGAUAAUUCUCAAUCAGCAUCUACAUCCCAUUACCCGGAUGGAUAUCGUAUGCCCGAGUUCUGCAACUUUGACGAGGGGAAAAUGAUCAGCAGCUUCCAACCGGGGCAGAUUUGGGCACUGUACAGUGAAAUUGAUAAGUUCCCUAAGUACUUUGGGUGCAUACAUAAAGUUAACUCACAAGAUUGCUUAGUUGAAUUAAAAUGGCUUGAGAUUUGUCCUCAGCGCGAGGAGGAAAAACGAUGGAGCCGCGAGGGCCUGCCAAUUGGGUGCGGAACAUUUAAAGUAACCAAUGAGUGUCAGACUUUUGUCAGUACAGAUGCCUUUUCUCAUUUAGUAAACGCUAGACUACAUGGUAGGAAAAACCAAUACGAAAUCUUUCCUUCCGUCGGUGAGAUUUGGGCCUUAUACAAGAAUUGGAGGCCCAGUUGGACCCUCUUCGACUUUGAAAACUGUGAGUUUGAUGUGGUGGAGAUUUGCGAGUGUACUGGAGCUGGAACAAAGGUCUCUUUACUGACCAGGGUGGAUGGGUACAGAACUGUAUUUAUGCCUGACAAGAAGAGUAGAGUAGUGGAGGUACCUGAGGAUGAGUAUUUAAGAUUCUCUCAUCGAAUUCGUGCAUUCCAGCUGAUGGAUCAAAGAGGUGGCAUGCUUCGAGGCUAUUGGGAGCUUGAUCCUGCAUCUCUACCGGAGGCCAUGUUCAAAAAUCCUCGGUGAAAGUUAGGGAAUCUUUGUAGCCAGUAAGUGUGGUCCAAAUGGGAAUCAUUUCAUAAUUUCCUUGUAUUUUUGGUUUUUUCCCUUUUUUGUUGACCUUGUAAUCGAUGUUUACUAUCAUCGACUCAGGUUCUAUGUAAAUGGCCGACAGGACUGCAUCUUAUUGUUGCUUUAGAAAUAUCAGAUCAUGAUGCAGAUUAGCUAGUCAACAAAUUCUCAAGUUAGGAGCGGGCGUCUUCUGCCGAUGAGGCUAACUCACUAAAUUGAUCAAUAUUCCUGCAGAGGCAUCCACUGUAGUAUUAGCUGUAGUAUUAGUUGAUUUGUUUUACUUUAGCUUUGCCAUUCCUUGUCUCAAACACCUGACAUAUUUCAGUAGGAAGUUGAACAAAACGGAGCGCAGCUCACUUCGGAACAUGGUACA